GCCGGAAAAGUGGGUGGGCCAUUCUCAUUUUCUCACUGCACAUUACAUAUGUAUAAAUAUUCAUGUGACAAACAGGAAUACAUAUGUGAAACUAAUAAUAAAAUUUCGUGAUGACGAAUAUAUAAAAUUCGCAGUCUGCUUGUGAACGAAUCUAUCAUACCGAAUACCCCUAAUGUCGGUCGCAAAGGGGUGAAAAAAAGUGUGUUGUAUACCCGCCUCAGGCUUUGCUAUGUAAGCACGGCUGUCAAGUUUGACUGAUUGAUACCGAAUCCCUGUUACGACGCCUCGCGACUGUUGUCCGACCGCUCAUUUUUUUUGGCAAUAUGAUACGGUACGAAAUUUAAGGAGAAAAAAUGCAAAGCGCCGUCGUUGCAGCAGCGUUGCACCGUUCUUGAGCGGGAGAAUAAACAAAACAAGCGAUCCGUGUAAAUUGCAAUGGACAACGAUUAUAUUUUUCAGUGGAGAACGACAUAACGACAAUGGCGGCAAUGUCCCCGUCGAAGCGAAGGCUCCAGAAGGAGCUAAUGUCCUUAAUACGUGAACCUCCGCCAGGUGUACACGUAGAUGGCGACCUUGCAGGUCAAAAUUUAACACAAUGGAUUGUACACAUGGACGGUGCAAAGGGCACUCUGUACGAAGGCGAACGAUUUCAACUUCAAUUUAAAUUUAGCUCUAAAUACCCAUUUGAUUCGCCGGAAGUAACUUUCAUAGGUGGUAAUAUACCAGUUCAUCCACAUAUUUAUAGCAAUGGUCAUAUCUGCCUAUCAAUACUGACUGAUGAUUGGUCUCCAGCACUAAGCGUGCAAAGUGUUUGUUUAAGUAUUGUGUCGAUGCUAAGCAGUUGUAAAGAAAAGAAGAGGCCACCUGAUAAUUCAUUUUAUGUGUCAACGUGUAGCAAAAAUCCAAAGAAAACGAAAUGGUGGUAUCAUGAUGACAGUGUGUAACAGCAACUGCUAUAAUCAUUAAAAACUUGUCAAUGUGCAGUUAUAGCUGGACCAAGCGGAAUGACAUGUUUCGUGUCUUUAAUUAUUAAUGUUUAUAUAUAAAUAUUAAUGUCUGUAACUAUUGAAACUUUCAUAGAUACUUCUAAAACGUAAAUGCUGAAAAGAAUGGUGCACAUAAACUAUUAAUACAUAAUAAAGUGUUUUAUUAUCUAUGUAGGAAAUGCGCUGUAAAAUGACAUCAGAUUAAUAUAUUACAGUAAUCAUUAUCAAUAGCAUAACACCAAAAACA